AUGUCUAUUAUUGCUCUUCAGCUAAAGGAAGUCCUUCAAAUGCAAGCAGAGGUGCACAAACGCAUGAAUGAAAGAGUUGAGGUUCAGAAAAGCUUGAAGCUGAAAAUUGAAGCACAAGGAAAGUACCUAGAUAGAAUUGGACAGAGUAGUCAGAUCAAAACAAUUACAAGAAAAGCAUGCAAGUCUUUUGCUGGUAGAGCUACACCUCUGCCCUCUCUUUCAGAGGAAUCUGAAUCCUUAAGAACACGAUCAGAGGAAGAACAUCAAACAGCCAAAAAGAAAAAGAUCACUCAAGAUGAUGACAGUGGUUUUCCUGCAGAUUUUGAACUAGGAUCAUCUAUAAUCUCAGAAUUCUGCAACCAAACUUUGAAUCUUUCUUGGAGUCAGCUAGCUGAAGCAACAUGCCAAUCAGCUUUGGUGACUAAUUUCUUAUUAUAG